AGCUACCUUGUAAACGAUAGGAUACCCACUGCAUUAGUGAAUCUAUUGCGCGCCGUCAUGUUGUCUGACCGUCUGCUGUGCCCAGGCAUGGGACCGGCCGAGGGAUCUGGGAUGCUUUGUGUCACCGGCCAGGCUCCCCGCGCUAAGCCGAACCCCGCCAUCGUCUCGUCAUCCGUCCUCGAGCGAAAUUUCCGCCCACAGCUGGUUGUUGCGCAGGUUCACGACCCAGUGGGAUUGGAUUCAGAGCCCACAGCCCCAUUGACCAAUGCGUCUGCGGCACUACUAGACAUCUUGCAGCACCCGGUCAGUGCGACGAAAGUUGCCUCUUAUCUCCUAGCAUUCAUUACUGGUUGACGUCACAGCCCAUCCACCUUUUGCUAGCUGUAGCUUACUCCUCAGCAGCUUAGUUCCAGCUUUCUUCCAGCUCCUCCCAGCACUGUCUCCCACCCCAGUCAUCAUGGCCGAUCAGCGGGUGAAUGUCCACAUUCCAUCCCACCCUCCGGUGCUCGAUAGCGUGCGUCUGCGCAACAUCCAGCUGCCCCUGCCGGCUGCCCCGGACCCGUGGCACCGUCCCGGCAAAUCGCAGCCCUGCACUGCAUCGCUGAAGCUCUCCUACUCAUCCGCCGUUGCAGCAGCCAUUGCGGACGAUGUCUCCCUCUCCUUGGACUAUGGCAAGCUUUACCGUCGCCUCGAGGAGGAUAUUCGCAACAUGGGAAAGCAUGCCGAGAACCCGGGACACCGAAUGAUUAGUGUUGACGGUAGCCGCCGCGAUGAGAUGAUGCGAAGCGACCUGGGAGAGGACGUGCGACUGACGGCGGGCAUUGUUGCCAAUUGCGGCCUGGGGCUUCUGGACGAGACCGCCGCGGGAGUCCGACGGAUGUCGCAUGUGCACAACACCCACCAGCGAAGAAGUAGUGCGUCAGCGAGCUCCCAGGCGCAGGCCCAGGCGGCUAUCUUUAGCUCCUCGUCUUCCUCCCCCAUUGACGGGGUCUUUGGUCAAUGCGAGGUGUCCUUGCAUCUUCCCAAGGCGCUGUUACGCGCCGAGGACGGGCUCAAGUAUCGGAGUGUGACGGUCUGGGGAUAUAGACAGGGCAACGACGCGAUUUCGGAAAACGUGGGGGAGUCGGAACGGUGCCCGGUGGUGCUGGAGGAGGAGUUUCGCAUUGAUGGGAUCCGGUGCUACUGUAUCUUGGGGGUCAACUCGCAUGAGCGGGUGGAAAAGCAGGCCGUCAUCGUCUCCCUCGAGUUCAAGGGACCCGGACAGCUGCCGUGGGGGUCUACAGUGGUCAACACCUACCAAGCGAUGACACGGGCUGUCGCCGAGCGAGUCGAGGCAACCUCGUUCCAGACUGUCGAGGCUCUGGCGACGUUUAUCGCGCGCAUCGUUACGGUGGAAUUUGGCAACGAACGGGUGACGGUGAGAGUCGAGAAGCCCAGCGCGCUGGCCUUUGUGGAGGGAUCGGGGGUGGAAAUCACCCGGUCGCAGGCGUUCUUCGAGGGCCGAGAGGCAUGACGCCUCCGGGUUCCAUCCGAGUAGUGUGUUUAACCCGGUGGAGUAUAGCUUGCCGGGGGCUGAUUAGUGCACCGUCGGUAUCUAGUAGUUCUACAUAUUCCAUAGUAUAUGCCAUGCCAUAUCGCAUACUGCCACGGCCC